UCUCACCCCCAGAUAACUUUGCGAUCCGAUCCGGUGCUGCUCGCUGGCUGGUUUGGGGAGGAUCAUGGCUCCUUUUGGAAGAAACUUGCUGAAGACUCGGCAUAAAAACAGAUCUCCAACUAAGGACAUGGAUUCAGAAGAGAAGGAAAUUGUGGUUUGGGUUUGCCAAGAAGAAAAGAUUGUCUGUGGGUUAACUAAACGUACCACCUCUGCUGAUGUCAUUCAGGCUUUGCUUGAGGAACAUGAGACUACAUUUGGAGAAAAACGAUUCCUUCUGGGGAAGCCCAGUGAUUACUGUAUCAUAGAAAAGUGGAGAGGCUCUGAGAGGGCUCUUCCUCCACUCACUAGAAUCCUGAAGCUUUGGAAAGCCUGGGGAGAUGAACAGCCCAACAUGCAAUUUGUUUUGGUGAAAGCAGAUGCUUUUUUGCCAGUGCCUUUGUGGCGGACAGCAGAAGCCAAGUUAGUGCAAAACACAGAAAAAAUGUGGGAGCUCAGCCCAGCCAAUUACAUGAAAACAUUACCACCAGAUAAACAAAAAAGAAUUGUCAGAAAGACUUUCAGGAAACUGGCUAAAAUUAAGCAGGACACUGUUUCCCAUGAUCGAGAUAAUAUGGAGACAUUAGUUCAUCUAAUUAUUUCCCAGGACCAUACUAUUCACCAGCAAGUCAAGAGAAUGAAAGAGCUGGAUCUGGAAAUAGAAAAGUGUGAAGCUAAGUUCCACCUUGAUCGGGUAGAAAAUGAUGGAGAGAAUUAUGUGCAGGAUGCAUACUUAAUGCCUAGUUUCAGAGAAGUUGAGCAAAACUUAAAUUUACAGUGUGAUGAACUCCAGAUACUGGAGGACCUGAGUGAAGGUGAUGGAAUUGUACAGCUGGAAGAACGACUAACAUAUUACAGGAUGCUCAUUGACAAGCUCUCAGCUGAAAUAGAAAAAGAGGUAAAAAGCGUUUGCAGUGAGAUAAAUGAAGACGAAGAAGGGGCAGCUGCAAAUGAACUUGAAAGCUCAAAUUUAGAAAGUGUAAAGUGUGAUUUGGAGGAAAGCAUGAAAGCUGGUUUAAAAAUCCACUCUCACUUGAGCGGCAUCCAGAAAGAGAUUAAAUACAGUGACUCAUUGCUUCAGAUGAAAGCAAAAGAAUAUGAACUCCUUGCCAAGGAGUUCAAUUCACUUCAUAUUAACAAGGAUGGGAGCCAGACAAAGGAAAACAGAAGCGAGGAAUCAGUGCUUCCCAACAGCUGUGGGGAAGGUCCACCCUCUACUCCAAGAAUAUCUAUCAUGUAUACCAAUGACACAGACUCAGACACUGGUAUCAGCUCUAACCAUAGUCAGGACUCAGAAACUACUGUAGGAGAAGUGAUGUUGUUGUCAACAUAAUUUGAAUGGUUCUUUCAUGUUGUCAAUAAUUAUUUAACGGAAGCUUUAUUUUAAAUAUUACAUUCAGAAAAGAAUGUCAAGCAUGUUGAAGUUCCUCGUAGUUAAUAAAAAUGAGAGAUAUUUGUAAGUUUGUUUUUGA